UUCUCAUUAAAAGUGAUUUGUAAGCGCCAAAAAAAAUCAGUAUCAUUUUCAAACUUUUCAUUCUUCAUUCGAAUGUUUUUGUUGACAAAUUUUAAUCAUCAUUAUCAUUAUCAUCAUGUUGAAUUUAAUGUUUUUGAAACGUUUCUGGACUUUUAACGAGAAUCAUCAUUCAUCAUCAUCAGCAUCAACAAAAAUUAAGGAUACGAAAACAACUGAAAUGAACUGUGAUACAGAUAAUGAUUGUCAUAAUGAUAAUUAUAAUGAUGAACAUUGUGAUCGUAAUAAUAACAACAACAAAUUUGUCAAUAAAUUUGGAUUGCAAUCAUCAUCAUUCAUAAAUUCUUCAAAUAAAUUCCAUUUGUUUAUAUUGUUAUUCAUAUUACUUUAUAUAGCAGUAUUGAUAGAAUCUUUAUUUAUAUGGCAACAACAGAUUACAUUAAAUGAACAUGAUCAACAUUUAAUGGCAUUGACCACACGAUUAUUAUCUCGAACACGAUUCAAUGAUGGUAUUGUUAAUAAUAAUGAUAAAAAUGUUAAAAAACCAACAAUUCGAUCGAAAUCAUCAUCAUCAUCAUCGACAACAACACGACGGAAACGUGAAUUGCAAAACAUUUUCCGUUGGAUCGAUGAUAAAACUAUUAUUGAAUCAUUAAACAAUCGAAAUGAAUCUGAAUUAUUCAAACAUCAUCAUCAUCAUCAUCAUCGUAAUCAACGUCGAAGGCAAACAUCUGAAAAACAACAACAACAUUCACAACAACAAUCAAAAGAUAAUGGACAACCAGCUGUCGAUUUUUUUCAACAACCACAACCAACAGAUCAGCCAACAAUUCCAGGAUUUACAUGGUUAACAUCAUAUUCACGAAUUCCGUUUAAAGUUCUUAAUGAAUAUUGUACAUCAUUAAAAAAAAUCUGUAUUCGUGGUGAACCAGGACCGCCUGGACUUAAAGGAAAUAAAGGUGAUCGUGGUUUGGAUGGAAUUGAUGGGUUACCCGGUGAACCUGGUCUAGAAGGAACACCCGGUCGUGAUGGUGUUGAUGGGCGUCCAGGUGUUCCUGGUGCACCAGGUAAAUCUGGGACUUCAGGAAAAAAUGGAACCGAUGGCGAAAAAGGACAAAAAGGUGAACCCGGAUUGAAUGGAAAUCCUGGACCUUCAGGUUCAAAAGGAAAACGUGGUCCACCCGGUCAAGAUGGAAAACCUGGUAUAACGGUACAAGCUUGGCAUCAUCAAAAUGAUACCUUGUUAAUUGCACCAAUAAUCGAUCAGAUCAAUCCAUCUACACAGACAUUAACUGUACGAGAAAAUGAAAAGAUACGUUUAAGCUGUGUAGCAAGUGGAUAUCCAAAACCAAAAAUUACAUGGCGUCGUGAUGAUGAUCGAUCAAUUUAUUUGGAUGGAAUUUCUCAUAAUUUAAUCGAAUCCAAUGAGCUAAAUAUUAGUCAAGUUAGCCGUGACAAUUUCGGACCAUAUAGAUGCGUUGCUACAAAUGGAAUUCCUCCGGCUGCUUCACAAAGAAUCAAUUUAUUAGUCACCUUUCCACCAUUAGUAAAAAUUCUUCUACAAAAACAAAUGAUCGGUACACGAAAAGGUUCAUGGGUUGUAUUAGAAUGUUAUAUUGAAGCAUAUCCUGAACCAUUUGUCGAUUGGAUUUAUGGUGAUGGUCAGAUUAUUGUUGAGAAUGAAAAAUUUAAUAAAUCGGAAGAAAUUCUUGAAUCACGAAUUUCACAUUCAAUAAGUCGUCGUGUUAUGUUGAACAUAACAAAUGUACAGAAUGAAAAUCUAGGUCUUUAUAAAUGUUUGGCACGUAAUCAACUUGGACGAACAUAUGGAAUUAUUACACUAUAUGAAACGGAUAGUAAAACGGCAACUAAUACGAUCGGAUCGUUGGAUAAAUCCAUUGAAUCGUUAAAAGAAGAAUCAUUUGUUGUUUAUGGUGAGCUACCAAAACCAAUUGAAACGAAAAUUCCCUGUGCACCAUGUCCAACAUGUACAACAUCAACAAAUCCAUAUGCAUCAAUACAACAACAAUGUAAACAAGGUCAGCGACCUGAAAUUAUUAACAUGGGCGUUUCAGUAAUAUUCAAUCAUACAAAUAUGCAACGAAUAACUAAACGUAAUGAUGAAUGUCAUUUAAGCCAAAUUGGUAAACCAGUAUUCUAUGGUGAACGUUCUGAUCAGAUCGGAUGUUGGAUGCGUGAUCCAAAUCCUAUUCGUCCUGAAGAUGGUGAAAAAUAUUGGCUUACACGUAUUGAAUAUAAUAGAUUAUUGGAAGAAUAUGAUACAAAAGAAAUGUUUCGCAAUAGAAUUAUAACAAAAAAUUAUACAUUAUUAUAUCCGUUUGCCGGCAAUGGACAGGCAAUAAAUUCGGGUAUAUUCUAUUAUGCCGAACAAGGAACAUAUAAGCUGAUUAUGUUUAACAUGUAUAAAUCCGAAUGGGAAUUUAUCAACCUGGAACCAAAUCCAAUGGCAAUCAACGUUGGCCUAAAUAUUGGACGUUCACCAUCAUCAUUGUUGCCGCCUUUAUCAUCAUCAUCAUCAUCAAAAAAUAAAUUGCCAAGACAUGUACACCACUAUCAUAAACAUCAACAUCAUUAUCAGCAACAACAACAAAAACAUCACAAUAAUCGACAACGGCGUAAUCAAAAUGUUGACAAUCAACCAAAUGAACAUAAUAAUGUUUUAGAUGAUGAUAGUAGUAAUGAUAAAAGAAAAUUAUUAUAUACAAAUCAAUUAAAUUAUAUGGAUAUUUCAGUGGAUGAAAAUGGUGCCUGGGUUAUUUAUCCAAACAUUUACAGUGAGCUUAAUAAUACGAUCAUUAUGAAAUUCAAUGCUACACGUAUUGAAUUUAUUUGGAAUUUAACGGUUGAUUAUAAUAAAUUAGGUGAAACAUUUAUUAUGUGUGGAAUAUUAUAUGGAAUUGAUUCAACACAACAAUUACAUACACAUAUUGCCUUUGCCUAUGAUCUUUAUAAAAAUGUUGAACUUAAACAUUUUGAACAAAUUGAAUUUACAAAUCCAUUCAUGAAUACAACAUAUGUUGGUUAUAAUUCUAAACAUCAAACAUUAUAUACAUGGGAUAAGGGUAAUAUUUUGGAAUAUUUACUUAAAAUUGAAAUGAUUGCCAAAACAAAACAACAUCAAUUCAAUAAUAAAAAUGAUGAUGAUAAUAUUCCAAUAAAUUCUGAACAUAAUGAUGAUGAAAAUGAUGAAUCAUUAUCAUGAAAUGAACAACAACAACAACAAAACUUUUCCAUUUAUAAGUGUACUUAUUGAUUUUUUUUGUGUUAUUGUUUCUUUAUUCCAAUGAAUUACAUCCAUCUGUACAAACAUUACACACCCACAAAA